GGGCUUGCCUUUGAAAUGCUCUGUCUGGGGCAUCUCUGCCAGGCACCUUUCUGACACACACAAAUUUCUUGUCCCAGAUGGACGCAGGAUCUGCCAUCAAAGCUGCCGCUGCAGCAGCAUCCUCCGAAGAAGCCUCCUCUCCGCAGCCCGAAAACCCGAGCGUGAGCAGUUCGGCCCUCUCAAGCCGGGAGAAAGAGAAGCAGUUCCUGAGGCUGCUGAGGUGUGAGGUGAGUGUGGGAGAUCCAGAGAAGAAGUACACUGGAUGGAGACCUAUUGGCAGUGGGGGGUUUGGAACCGUUUAUAAGGCCUUCAACGCUGCCACAGGACGAGCGGUGGCCAUAAAGCAAGUUAAUCUCCAGUGCCAGGGCUGCGAGGAUGUGUUGAAGGAAAUCCUGGUCAUGAAAGAAUAUAAGAACCCCAAUAUUGUCACCUACCUAGAAAGGUAAAUAUUCUGGCAGAAAAUGGAUCUUUCAAUUAACAUCAAUCUAGUCCUGCACAAGGCAUGGGAGGAGAUUGCAUUUUGUCCCCAUGAAUGCUUCCUGGCAGA